UACCAAUAUUUAAAGGGGCCUAAUCGCAAAUACAAUCUAUUUUAUCUCCAAGUUUCACUCAUUGAUGUCUGAACCAGUUUUUGCUUCUCUCAAGUUAACUCCUUUCUUUAUCUCUCUCUGUCUCUCUCUUUCUCUCUCUCUCUUGCCCCUUCUCUCUCUACAACUCGUUUCUUCUCUUCUCUUCUCUUCUCUAUCUUUGCUUCUCAACCUACGGAACCGAAGGAAAAGGCGACAAGUUUCAGGGAAAAAUCAUGUCUUCCCCAAGCAAGCGCAGAGAGAUGGACUUGAUGAAACUGAUGAUGAGUGAUUACAAGGUGGAGAUGAUCAAUGAUGGGAUGCAAGAGUUUUAUGUGCAUUUCCAUGGGCCCAGUGAUAGUCCUUAUCAUGGAGGUGUGUGGAAGAUAAGGGUUGAGCUUCCAGAUGCUUAUCCAUAUAAAUCUCCUUCAAUAGGUUUUGUCAAUAAAAUUUACCACCCAAAUGUCGAUGAAAUGUCAGGAUCUGUGUGUUUAGAUGUCAUCAAUCAGACCUGGAGCCCUAUGUUUGAUCUUGUUAAUGUGUUUGAAGUGUUCCUGCCACAACUUUUGUUGUAUCCUAAUCCAUCAGACCCAUUGAACGGGGAGGCUGCAGCUCUCAUGAUGCGAGACCGGACGGCUUAUGACUUAAGAGUUAAAGGAAUGUAUCUCACUGCACACAUAAAAAUAUGUAGGAGUUGGAUAAUUGAAGCAAUAUCCUUUUCUACUGUAAAAAAAAAAAAAAAGGAAUAGAUGAUGAAAGUAGAUCUUCAGGACAAAUCUACUCUUUUCCUUCAUGUUUUCGCGUCCUCCCUGAAGAACAUGGAACUGUUGCUAGUAAAAAGUGAUGAAGUUUAUCCUUGAAUAGACUGCCAUUCUUUGUUUUGUUCGUGUGAUUAAGGUGAGUACAGUCAUCCUGAUUCUAACUUAAGUCUCUCUGAAUUCUGAAAUAAGUUCAGAUGCAUCUAUACUGACCUUUCAAGACAGUAUUAGACUGGUGCGGGAUGGCAGCAAACCAAAGUAUAGCACUGUCUGCUUGGGAGUAAUUCUUGAUCUUAUUUUUUCUACUAAGAAAACAAGUAGUUUUUUGGCGAAUUUGGUUGCUGAAUAAAAUAUUGUUUUUAGUUGUUGAAUUUUUUUUUUCUCCUUGCAUUGUUAUCUUUGCAAUCUGUGCAAUAUUCAAUUUCCAGAAUUCUUUCCAACACCUUUGCCACCAUUUUAGCCUCUGUAGUGCUGCCAUUACCCCUUGUUGCACCCAAAUUGCUAUCACUGUUCUCUCACUAUGAGGACCAGAUGUUUCUUCUUCUUUUUUUUUUUUUUUAGUAAGAUAAAGAUGAAUUUCUUUUUUUUUGUUAGGCUAAAAGAUAAAGAUGAAUUUCAUUAUUAACAUUGUUACCACUACUUACAUUGACCAACAAUGCUAGAAGCCUAGAACUUCUUUAAUGCACCUUUAGCCACCUCAUCAAAGAUGGUUUUUUUUCUUGAAAUUACUUGCACUACUGUUUCUAAACAUGUUUUUACUUUUAACCAUAAGCAAUAAGAAGCUGCAUUUACUUAGAUGGGGGCAAAAUAAAUUUUUGCUUCGGGGUUAACAAGCUUUCACUAAUACCGAGCCUCAGCUUCAUGAAGCUUUGAG